AUGGAACAAGAAGUAUUGAAUUUAGCAAAUAAACAAGUUCAACAAGCAAUUUCUAAUGCAUUGAAUUAUUUAACAGAAAUAUCUUCAAUAAUAUAUCAAAAUUCUUCCGAAAAUCGAACAUUAAAAUCAAAUAUUCUAUUACGAUGUCGAUCAUCAAGUAAUAAUAGAAAUAAUCGUAAAGUAUCAUUUCAUCAUACUAUUCCACGUUGUUCUUUACCGGCAACAAAAAAUGAUUUUGUUCAUUAUCAAACACGUCUAUUAUCUUAUCAACAAACAAAUCAAACUCGAUGUCGAAUAUCACGAACUACAAGUAGUACUAGAUCGAAUAGACCUUUUGAUGUACAAUAUUCAUUCAGUCUUAAUAAACCUUGCUUAACCAAAAUCAAUAAACAACAACAUAAUUUAAUUGAUAAACAAAAUUUUGCCAAUCAAUUUGUUGAACAUACUAUUCAAAUUGCUUUGCUUCAGAUUGAUUAUCAAAAUUUAACUAACAGAAAUGAACUUUCACAAUGUUCUUCAUCCUAUGUAUCUAUGGAAAUUCUUCAAGAUAUAAAUUCAUAUAUUAAUCAAUUUAUUCAUUCAACUAUUGAACAAGCAAUAGAAAAAAUUUCUUCAUACGAUAUUGAACAUUUCUCAAAUCGUUUUACUGAAUAUAUUAUAACCAAUGCUUUAUCAACUAUUGCAAAUAAUGAAAUAUAUUCUAGAACAACGUUAGAUGAUAAUGAAAAGUAUUUCCGAAAAAUAAAGAAAAAUUCAAUACAAUUAGAAUAUAAUGAACAAGAAGAAACAAGUUUAUUCAAUCAAAAUCGAUAUAAUUCACAAUCAAUAUUUCGAUCAUUAACACAUAAUACUAGUUCCAAUGAAGAAUUAAUUAAUUCUCUUGUGAAUAAUAUUGCUCAACAAAUUUAUUUUGAUUCGUUCAAUGAAUUAAGACAUCGAUUCACAAGCCUUGUUCCUCCUUUGAUCGUACCAGAAAAUCCCAUUACUCUUCUUCGUAUGCUCAAUCGUCAACAGAUUGCCUUUUUUCUCGUCGCUCUGCUUGCAUGGACAUUUGAUGCUUUUGAUUUCUUCUCUGUUACUCUUACUGUCAUCGAAAUUGCAACUACAUAUAAUAAAUUACCAUCAGACAUUACUUGGGGCAUUACAGUGACAUUAAUGUUUCGUUCUAUAGGCGCCAUUAUUUUUGGAAUCGCCGGUGAUCGAUUCGGACGUAAAUGGCCAUUCAUCGUAAAUAUUGUUUUUUAUGCCAUAGUCGAAAUUUGCACAGGCUUCUGUAGUACAUACGCACAAUUUAUUGGUGUUCGUGCUCUUUUCGGAAUAGCUAUGGGCGGUAUCUAUGGUAAUUGUGCUGCUACAGCGCUUGAAGAUGCUCCGAUCGCUACACGUGGCCUUCUAUCAGGCUUGUUACAACAGGGCUAUGCACUUGGCUAUUUACUUGCCGCUGCCUUGAAUCUGGCAAUUACGAAUAAUCAAAAGUAUGGAUGGCGAGCCCUAUUUUGGUUUGGAGGUUGUCCUCCAUUGCUGAUUGCAAUUUGGCGCAUCUUCUUACCCGAGACACGAACAUUUCUCUCUGUCAAAGAGGCACGCAAAACGAAUGCAGCUACAGGUAAAUUUAGCUAG